AUGCCACCCAAACGCAAGCCAAGGGCUGCAGCGGCUGGCAAUUCCUCCUCCAAGAAACAGAAAGUCGUCAAUGGUCUCGAGGACUGGGAGCAAGCCGCCGCACACCUGAAGGACCAAUACGAGACAGCCAUAGCCAACGAACAGAUCAAAGCUGAAGAACUUGAGAAGCAGAUGAGCGCCAACAGAGACCUGAAAGAGAGGCUUCAGGAGUCAGAGAGGAUGCGGGAAAUCGGCGAAGACGAGUAUUGUGAUUUACGUGCGUAUGCCGUAGAGAGGAAGGCCCGGUUCUCAGAAGCGAGGGCGAAGAUCCAAGAACUCAUGCUUCAGUCUACGAGGAACGAGCAACUCCAGGAGCCGCGCCAGAAGGUCAUCGAUGCUGCGGGGCACGUGAAACGACUGAUGGCAGGUAUGCCAGUGGAGAAUAUGGGCAAGCUGGGAGAGGCACUUCAAAUGCUGGAGUCAGCUUACAGCAGUCUGCGCCAAGCUGAUGGAGGACCGGACGAGGAAAGGAAAGUUGUUAAGGGUUGA